AUGUAUCGUGCUUCUUACAUCUCUCGUUCAUUAAAAACCAUCUUUUCUUCUCCUUCAUUUUCUAAACACUUGCAAACUCGUCUUUCUGCAUCAUCGUCAAGUGUAUCCAAAUCCGCCUCUUCAUCACCUGUUGACGAUCAUCAUCAUCAUCAACACAAUUCACACGGACACGAUCAUGGUCAUCACGAACCCGAAUUAAGAAAAACACAAACAUGGAGACAUCAUCGAGAUUAUCAAUCGAAAUAUGAAAGACAAUCAGAAGAUCCCGAUUGUAGUCUAAAUAUCGAAAAUCCUAUCGAUUGGAAGUAUGUUCCAAAUCAUGGUGAAAAGACGGUUUGGGUGCCGUAUCGUACACAUGCCAAAUUAUCGGCUAUGUGGGAAUAUCAUGCAGCACUUGUAUUUGUUAUUUGGAUGUGGUGGUAUGUUUUCUAUCGAUUCUCGAAAGAACCCGAAUAUCUUCUUGGACAUAUUUAUAUGCCUGAUCCAUCUCAAUUCACAGAUGAAGAACUCGGUAUUCCACCGGAUGAUGUUGAAGGAUAG